UUCCUUGAAUUCUACCGUCCUCCUGCCAUGUUGGAUUGAAGGAGCGUUAUUGCUUUAAGAGUUCGCAAUGAAAGUUUAUAUUAUGCGGUCUGUCAAAAGUGAACCAAUUAAAGAAUAAAUAAGCCACGGGAGUAAACGAGUCGCAUCUGCAUCGCGCGCGCAUUGAGGACAACACUACAUCGGCUUUACUUGCAUGCGGAGCUCCUUACGGGAUGAACGGAGCGCAGGCCAUGUUGAUCUGUGAUUGCACAUAAAAUCAUCUAAUACGAGACAAACGCUCAAGUUCAUCCGCUUCGUCCGUCAACAUGAGCGGCCACCCGCCCCAGAGGAGGGUGGCAAACGUGGGCUCUAUCCUCCUGACCCCGCAGGAGAACGAGUGUCUGUUCAACUACCUGGGCAGGAAAUGCAUCACCUUGUGCUCAGCGGUGGUCCAGGUGUACGGGGCGGACAGGAGCUCGUCCUGGAUCAAGAGGUGCUGUGGUGUGGCCUGUUUGGUCAAAGACAACCCUCAGAGGUCUUAUUUUAUCCGUGUCUUUGAUAUCAGGGAUGGAAAAACAAAGUUUGAGCAGGAGCUCUACAAUAAUUUCAAAAUCAGUAGUUUGAGAUCCUACUUCAUUACCUUCGCCGGAGAUUCUUGUCAGAUGGGCCUCAACUUUGCCAGUGAAGAGGAAGCCAAACGAUUUCGGAGCGCACUCAACGAACUGCUCAACAGACGACAGAGGAAAACUGAGAAAAGGCGUGACCCACCAAAUGGACCCUCUCUCCUGAUGGCAACGGUGGACAUCAAGAACCCCGAGAUCAACAACAAACUCAAUGUGUCCCACAUCAAUAACAUGGUGCACAGUGGCCUUAACAAGAAGGAGAAGAAGGUCAAGGGCAAGAGGAAGAAGUUAACCAAGGCUGACAUCGGGACGCCAAGCAACUUCCAGCACAUCGGUCAUGUAGGAUGGGAUCCGAACACAGGUUUCGAUUUGAAUAAUUUGGACCCGGAGCUGAAGAACCUGUUUGACAUGUGUGGCAUCUCUGAGGCCCAGCUCAAAGACAAGGAGACGUCGAAGGUCAUCUACGACUUCAUUGAGAAGAAGGGCGGCGUAGAGGCUGUGAAGAAUGAGCUGAGGAGACAAGCACCCCCGCCUCCACCCUCCCGGGGCGGCCCACCACCCCCACCCCCUCCUCACACUUCUGGACCCCCACCUCCACCACCCCCAGUGCGGGGACGAGGAGCCCCACCACCCCCUCCACCUUCAAGGGCCCCCACAACUGCACCCCCUCCGCCGCCUCCAUCCCGGCCUAGCAUGGGAGCACCUCCACCACCACCACCUCCCAGCAGAGGGCAUCCACCUCCCCCUCCACCUGCCCCCGCCUCCAUGCCACCUCCCCCGCCACCACCACCUCCAUCCGGAGGAGCCGCCCCGCCUCCACCUCCUCCUCCACCGCCUCCUCCUGGACCUCCUCCACCCCCUGAUAUGGACGGAGGUCACAGCGAAUCAACGCCCUCGCCCUUGGGCGGGAAGUCAGCUCUGCUGGAGCAAAUCAAGGAGGGCGCUCAGUUAAAGAAAGUGGAGCAGAACAACAGGCCAGUGUCGUCCACAGGACGGGACGCGCUACUCGACCAGAUCCGACAGGGCAUCCAGCUCAAAACGGUAUCAGAUAAUGACUCAGGACCACCCACCCCUGCUCAGUCAGCAGGCAUUGUCGGAGCUCUGAUGGAGGUGAUGCAGAAGAGGAGCAAAGCCAUCCACUCCUCGGAUGAAGAUGAGGAUGAUGAGGAUGAUGAAGACUUUGAGGAUGAUGACGAAUGGGAUGAUUAAUCCCGCAACACUAACCCCAACCAGUAGACUAAGUGAUACUAAAUUCUCAUUUCCCAAAAUUUUACUCCCAUUCUGUUUUUUUUUUUUUAAAUCGCUGUAUAUUUUUGUUGCCUUUUUUUGUUUGUUUUUUUUAAAUACUCUGUGCAAUACCCCUCAUGUAAUCUGUAAAGUAUUGUCAUUUAUCCUCUGUAAAAUAAUCUCCUGGAAUAACCAUGUGAUGUUUUAUGCCAGGAUUCAUGAUUUGUUGACCUGAAUGUUUUUGCUCCCCUGUGAGUGGGGAAAGGGAGAUGGACGGGACGCUCGAUGUCCUUAUUGUUGAUUAAUGAUUUAGAUAACACUAUUUUCAUACCCUACUUUUCUGUACCUUCGAUUUUCUUAUUCAAAUCCUAGUUUAGCAUUCUUAGAUUUGGUAAGAGGUUCUCCUAUCAGAAUAUGUAUGUCCCCUGUAUUGUUUCCCUUGUAAAUGUACACCAGGCUGAUAUAUUGAGGCUAUAUAUAUUUUUGCACGGAUAACAAAGACAUUUCACUACAGGAUGAGAACACAUUGGCUGAACACGUUAAAUAUGAUUUCUGUGGUAAUCACGAUCAGCGUCACACUACAUUGCACAUCACAGAGUAGACCGUUCGGAGUUUUUGAUUUCACUUUAUUAACAAGAAAAUAAUAUACGGUAGAUUCCAACCGGAAAAAUCGUGAGUACAGCUUGCUCCUAAAUGUGAAAACCCAUCCAUUCACAAAUACAGAAUUUCAUUCAUGUCAAGAAAAAAAAAACACACACACACACAUACAAUUCAAACUUCCAUUUGUUAGAUGCUUUUGCAGGUCAACGCUUGACUGAUGACUACAUUUAAGGCGAUGGAAAAAACAUCAACAGCAAACUUUGUGUACAAUUAAUGCUGGUUUAACAGUAUUGUCUGUCUGAACGGAUUUUGCUCUCCUUGUCCUGUAAGGAUAGUGCUGAAAAAAAUGUAUAAUUGAUAUCAAAUCUUACAUGAGGGUUGGAAUGUGGAAUGAAAACACUAAAUUCUAUACUUAAAUAAAUGGUAUUAUUUACAA